GGGAGGAUGAUGUUGUAAUUCAACAUUAGAUCAAGUUUGAUCAACGUCCCCCUGCUGGCCCAAUUGGAUGAUCCUUAUUCACAAUAAGAUCCGCUUCUCGCUCCACCACCAUCUUUGCGAUAAGUCUAUGCUUUUCCCCUCUCAACGGCAGAAGAUUCGCUCUGCUGGUUUGGCUCGCACCUCAAAGUACCUGUAGUAUAUCACUGGUAGUGCACAGUGAGAGCUCCUUCCACAUCUGGCGGAUUUUCUGUGCACAUAGGCUUGUGUACAUGGUUUUCCUAUAUCAGAUUCGUUUGAGGAGUUAAAUUCAGAGGUCGGAGAAAAUGGGGCAUCGCGUAAUAGCCAUUGUCCUUUUUUUGUUGUGGCUUUUUGGGAAAUCGUAUGGAGCGUUUCCAAAUCAGAUAAAUAUAGGUGGUCUCUUUAUGCGCUCUACAGUGCAGGAGCACAGCGCUUUCAGAUUCGCUGUCCAGUUGUAUAAUACCAAUCAAAAUGUGACGGAGAAACCUUUCCAUCUCAAUUACAAUGUAGACAACCUCGAAUCCUCCAACAGCUUCACCGUCACACAUGCGUUCUGCUCCCAGUUCUCCAGAGGAGUGUACGCCAUCUUCGGCUUCUAUGACAAGAAGUCCAUGAACACGCUGACCUCGUUCUGUGGGGCUCUGCACACCUCCUUCAUCACACCCAGCUUUCCCGCCGAUGCCGACGUGCAGUUUGUCAUUCAGAUGAGGCCUCCUCUACGGGGAGCUGUCCUCAGCCUGCUGGCCCACUACAAGUGGGAGAAGUUUGUCUACCUCUACGACACAGAGAGAGGGGGGCCCAACCUGACACGGAACAUGGAGAACAUUGGGUCAGUCCAAUUUGGAGCUCUGUUUACUUGGACAGUUCUGUGA